AUGCCAGGGGCAGAUUUCCCUGGCACAGCAGGAGCAGCACCAGCACAGAGCAGGAUUUCAGAUCAGUUUUGCCUGGCACAGCACAGAGCAGGAUUUCCUCAGCACAGUCUGAGCAGCACCAGCACAGAGCACAGAGCAGGAUGCCAGAGCUGGAUUCUUCUGGCAGAGCAGGAGCAGCACCAGCACAGAGCAGAGCAGGAUAUUAGGGGCAGAUUUCCCUGGCACAGCCAGAGCAGGAUUUCAAGCACAGAGCAGCAUUUCAGAUCAGUGUUCCCUGGCACAGCAGGAGCAGCAGCAGCACAGCACAGCAGCAUGGAACACUGGCAUGGUGCAGAUCACCAGGACAGCACCAGAGCCAGUUUUCCCUGGCACAGCAGGAGCAGCAGUGGCACAGAGCAGAGCAGGAUUUCAGAUCAGUUUUCCCUGGCACAGCAGGAGCAGCACCAGCACAGAGCAGGGUGCCAGGGGCAGAUUCCUCUGGCAGAGCAGGAGCAGCAGGAGGAGAGCUGGCACAAACCCUGGCACAGGGCAGCACAGGCCAGGGUGCUUCAGACAGAUGCCUGUGCCACAGUAGGGGCAGGAUUUCAAGCACAGAGCAGGAUUUCAAGCACAAAGCAGGAUUCCAAGCACAGAGCAGGAUUUCAGAGCCAGUUUUUCCUGGCACAGCAGGAGCAGGAUUUCAAGCACAGAGCAGGAUUUCAGAUCAACUCUCCCUGCACAGCACAGAGCACCAACAGGAUGCCAGGGACAGUUUUCCCUGGCAGAGCAGGAGCAGCACCAGCACAGAGCAGGACUUCAGUGCCAGUUUCCUAUGGCACAGAGCAGAGCAGGAUGCCAGAUCAGUUUUGCCUGGCACAGCAGGAGCAGCACUGGCACAGAGCAGAGCAGGAUUUCAAGCACAGAGCAGGAUUUUGGAUCAGCUCUCCUGGCACAGAGCAGAGCAGGAUUUUAGACCACAAAGCAGGAUUUCAAGCACAGAGCAGGAUUUCAGAUCAGCUCUCCCUGGCACAGCAGGAGCAGCAGGAGCAGCAGUGGCACAGCACAGAACAGGAUUUCACAGAGCAGAGCAGGAUUUCAGAUCAGUUUUCCUUGGCACAACACAGAGCAGGAUUUCAGAGCACAGACUUUUGCCUGGCACAGCAGGAGCAGCACUGGCACAGAGCAGGGUUUCAGAGCAGUUUUGUCUGA